GAGGUUGGUUCAGUCUGGCCUGGUGCCUCAAAGUCGUUCGCGAGAAUUUACGGCAACAAUUCACCCGAUUUGAGAUCAUGGCGCCGGAUGACGCGCGAGAUGCGGCGCCUCUGUCUGAACGCGUGGAGAUCGCGGGGCGCGAGAUCGACGUGGAGGACGACUACGACUACGGGUACGAGGACGAGGGCGACGCGCCCCUCGUGCCCGCCAAGAAGGUGCCCAACGGCAGCGUCUACGAGGCGGCGCGCGCCGGCGACGUGGAGCGGCUGACGUGGCUCGUGCACGAGGAGGGCGUGGACGUGAACGCGCGCGACCGAUGGGACUCCGUGCCGCUCUACUACGCUUGCCUCGCUGGCCAGCUGGAGGCGGCGCGCGUGCUGCUGGAGGCGGGCGCGAUCUGCAGCGAGCACACGUUCGACGGGGACCGCUGCCACUACGCCGCGCUCACGCUCCGCAUCCGCCGCCUGCUCAAGCGCUACGAGAUGCGCCCGCCGCCGUUGGACCCGCUGCCCAAGGCGUUCAAGGACCUCCUCGACGCCACUGCCGCCAGAGCCGCGUCUCUCCCCGCCUCCGCUGCCGCCCCUCACGCCGCCCCCUCCGUCCCCGCGGGGCUGCUGGACCCGUGCGACCCCCUGGCGCCCGACGUCGCCUUCCACAUCGCCGGGCGCGUCGUGCCCGCGCACAAGCCCAUUCUCGCAGCGCGCUCGCACUAUUUCCACCACGCCUUCGCCGGCAAGUGGCGUGACAGAACCGAGGUGUUCCUGGCCAACCAGCGGCUGACACAUGGCGCGCUGGUGGCGCUGCUGGGUUUCGUGUACUCGGACCGCCUGGACGUGCCCGUGGCGGGCCUGCCCGACCUGGCGCGCGCUUGCCGCGCCGCCAAGUGCGGGGCGGGGCUGGUGAGGGCCGUUGAGCGGGAGCGCGUGCACGACAAGCUGGCGCAGCACAAGGUGCCGCCCACGCGCGCGCUGGGGGGGGAGAGGGAGGAGGAGGAGGAGAGAAGCGAGCGAGGGCGGGAGAGGGAGGAGGAGGAGGAGGCGCAGCGGCGGUUCAUUCUGACAGCAGCGUCGCUGCCAGAGGAGGAGAGGCUGGUGGGCGGCAUGCAGCAGCUGCUGGCGCGGUGCAUGGGCAACUCAGACACGCGCGCCAUGGAGGCGGACGUGGAGGCAGGGGACGGGUGUGGGGAGGACGGGGGGGAAUGCAGUGAUUCCGGUGGGGGGACCGGUGCUGGUGGGGGGCAGAUGGGGGAGGAGGGUGCUGGAGACGAUGGGAGGCGGAGGGUUCGCUUUGGCACGGUAGAGAGUGGUGAGCAGGAGGGACGUGGGUGGAUGAGGGGAGAGGACGGGGAAUGGAGGGGAGAAGGGGCGAAUGGAGGAGAAGCUGUGCGCGUGCAAGGCCCCGACCAUGCAGACUGCUGCUUCUCCGUGGCGGGCUGCAUGUUCCGCUGCCACCGUGUGAUCAUGGCGGCGCGCUGUGACUACUUCCGAGUGCUCUUCAACCGACAGGCAGCGCACUCGCACGCACACACACCACCUGCACCACAGCAGCACGCUGCAGUAGUGCUGAGUGGCAGCGGUGCUGUGCUGCCGUGCUUCCAACUGCCUGACCUCACGGCCUACGCCUUCCACAAGAUCCUCGAGUUCAUAUACACGGAUCGCAUUCAGCACAUUGCUGUCAGCCAGGCCAUAGACGUGAUAGAUGCAGCGGCGCGCUUCCUGCUCUUCCCCCUCAAGCGUGCCGUGGCCGAUGCCCUCAUUCCCCAGCUCCACUCAGCCGACAUGCCCUCCCUCUGCCACUGGCUGCUGGCUGCUGACCUCUAUGGCGUGUGGAAGCUGAGGGAGUAUGUGCUGGACGUCAUGGCUGCCAACUUUGACGCCUUUGCAGCCUGCCCUGCCUUCUGUGCUAUGCUCGCGCGCCUUCCUCCACCCUCUGGCGACGACUCGGUGCGCACCACAGCACCCUCUCUGCACGGGGAACAGCUGCCUGCGUCUUUGGGGCAAGCAUCAGGAGCCAUGGGCGGGGAUGGAGUGGGAGGGGAGAGCAUGAACGUGCUGGACGACUUGAGGGAGAAGUGGCUCGAACUGGAGGGGGCUGAGCUAGAGGAGAGGGAUGCCAGCGCUGCUGAAUUUGACAAGCGCUUAGAGACCCUUGCAGCACUGGCGCUUGGUGAGGAGGAGGAAACUUAGUGAUGACAUUAGCAUCAGUCGUCGUCAAGGGUUUAAAACCCCACGGCAAAAUAGCAGAGGGGGGUGUUAAAAUUAUAUGAGUUAUAAUUUAAUAUAGGCUUGGUAGGUUGUUACUGAACCUUUCUGUAGAGGGUACAAACCCCUC